GACGAAUGACCCACCUUUGUUGGCCACUACCACAAAUGCAUUCCUUGACAAUGUGCCAGUGAUUCUCUCUCUUUUUCAUCCGUCUCCAACCCCCCCUAGAGCUGCUGCAAGCGGCUAACGCUGAAUGCUACUAAAAUGUAGAAAAUGGGGAGAGAUGGAAAAAACAACUACACCUCAGAACAAUCCGUGUCUUCUCACUAACGAAGGUCCCAACGACCACAACAGUAACAACAAUGAAGAUUCGUUGAAGAAGCCACUGGGAAUUGGCAGUGGCGACCGCUUGAAACGGGAUGAAUGGAGUGAAGGUGCGGUUUCAAGCCUCCUUGAUGCCUAUGAAUCCAAAUGGGUGCUCCGGAACCGGGCCAAACUCAAGGGCCACGAUUGGGAAGAUGUGGCACGUCAUGUGUCGUCCCGGGCCCACUCCACCAAGUCUUCCAAGACACAAACCCAAUGCAAGAACAAGAUUGAGUCGAUGAAGAAACGGUAUAGAUCUGAGUCCACUGUUGCGGACCCCUCAUCAUGGCCCCUCUUUCAGCGACUCGAUCUCCUACUGCGGUGCCGUGCCCCACCUCCUCCACCAGCUACUCCUGGUACCCGCCAGGACUCGCCUGCAGUGAAUGGAGUGGAAGUUGUUGCCGAGGAAGAUCGCACUGGAGGCAAGAUGAAUGAUGGCCCGGACAAGAUGGCGGUAGAAACUGAUAGUAGCACGCCCAUCUGUGACAAUGACAAGUGGAGGACGAUGAACAUGAAAAGGAAGAAGGUGUGGACGGAGGAGUGUUUGGCGGUGGCGGAUAGUGUGCAGUGGUUAGCAGAGGUGGUGGUCAGAUCGGAGCGGGCACGGAUGGAAACAAUGAGAGAGGUGGAAAGGAUAAGAAGAGAAGCAGAGACGAGGAAAGGAGAAAUGGAUCUUAAGCGAACGGAGAUCAUUACCAACACACAGUUGGAGAUCACUAGGCUUCUUGUAGGCAAAGAUGGAGAUGGUAGUGUUGUUCAGUCUUCCUUGAGGAUUGGAAGGAUAAACUGAAGUAUCUGACUCUGUUUAAGUUUAAAACUAGGGCAGUAAAAUAACAAGAUGUGGGGCCAGAGCCUCUCUGCAGAUUGCCGGUCCCGCAGCUUAUGAUUUGCCUACGACCGUCGGAAGGUAGGUAGGGCCCACCGUGAUGUUCCUGAGAAAUCCACCCCCCUUAAUCAAUUUUCCAGCUCAUUUUAAGCCAUGAUCCCAAAAUUAAUGUGGAUCCAAAACUCAAGUGGGCCACACGACAGGAAAAAGUGGGGAGUGAAAUGCCUAUCUUUGAAACCUCCGUGGGUCCACCUUGGUGUUUAUAUGUUUAUAUGUCAUUCAAGCCGUUAAUAAAGUGAUAACUAGUGGUAUGAACUGAAAACACAAAAAUAUUAGUCCGACAUAAAUCUUUUGUGUACAUCCACGAAUGUUUCGACAGUCAAUAUUCAAUCCCCACUGUUUCGCUUGUAA